AUGAGAAGAGUCCAAUGCAAUGGAACUGGCACCGGGGAUCUCAACACACAAGCGCACUUGAGUGCCAUCAAAGCUCUGGCUUCCUUUGCAGUUCUGUACCUCAUCAGUUUUGCAGUGGACGCUUCACAUUCAGUACUGGUCUGGGACAGCCAACACACUUGGACACCUGUGCUCUAUAAUGUGAGUGCUGUGUACCCCUCCGGACAUGCCAUUAUCCUGAUAUUAAUUAAUCCCAAACUGAAACAGGCAUGGGUCAGGAUGAUGCAUAACUUAAAAUGCCGUUUGAGGAAAGUACCGUCUUAA